CCUCAGAUCUUUCUGAUGCUGUGAAAUGACAGCUGCGUACUUGUCUUAAAUACGUUUACAGUAUGUUGUGUCAGGGGAAAAGAGCUCAGCCAAUCAAAAAGAAGAGCUGAAUGAGGAAGUGAGAAGACAGUCCUCUUUAUGACGUUCAGACCAGGACAAGCUCAGGUUUCAUGGAUGAGUUUGCUUUCUUUGUCAAUAAUACUGGAAAAAUAAACUGCAAUAACAUCAUGAUUUAUCACUUGAGUAUCUCUCUAAGUACUUAAAAUGUACAUAUAGUAGAUUAAACUAGAUCUAAACAUAUAUUACUUUCUGUGUUAGUUUACACGUAUCAUUAAAAAGCAGAACCCAUCAACAAUUAUCAUUGCUUCUCAUUAGCUAACAUUAUCCAACACAACAGCUAGUUUAUGUUAGUUCAGAAAUAAUUUGUUAACAAUACACAAAUGUUAAGUGAAUUCAUUGUUUAGGAUCAUGUGUAAUAUCUGUUCUUAAUCCAUUCAUACUAAUCACCAUUUGUGUCAUCACAAAAUAUGCAGUUGUCAGAAAAUAUUAAAUGUACAACUUUAUUGCUUAUAGGGGUGGUUUCCCGGACAGGGAUUGGCUUAAGCCAGGACUCGACCUUAGUUUAAUUAGGAAAUAUAACUAGUUUUAACAAACAUGCCUCACUAAAAACAUUAACUGUGUGCAUUUUGAGGCAAAACAAAGGCACUGAUGUAUUUUAAGAUAUGUCAAUGCAAGUUGUUUUCAGUUUGGACAGCUCUUACAUAUAUCUUAGUCUAGGACUGGUCUAAUCCCUGUCCAGAAAACUGCCCCUUAGUGUGGUAUAGCAAAACAUUCAUUUAAAUGUAUUUCAUUAAGGUGAAUGUGAGAAAGUAUAUUUAUGCCAUAAUAUAAACACUUAGUCUUAGUCAGCAACAAGUGUAAAUGCAUUUCAUGCCCUUGAGCUGUGUCACUGUGACUCAGCAUGUUUUCAUUGUGGUAUACAGGUUUGUCCUAUCGUGUGUGCAUGUGUAACUUGAUCAGAUCAAAUGAUCCAGGUGCAACCUUUAUUUGAAUUUGUUUGACUUUUUAUUGAAGUUUUUUCUGCCAAUUUUAGAUUAAUUAAUAAUAAAAAUUAAAAUCAAAACCAGCAUUAUCAUGGCAUUAUAGAAAUCUGUACGCAAAAUAUAAGCCAUAACUGAAAAUUUAAUGAAAUUUUAUUUAAAUUGUCAAGGUGAUAAUACAUCUUUUGCUUGUUCAUUUAUUCUUAACACCAUUACAGCAUCAAUGGCUUUCUUCAUGGCAAGAACUGGUUAAUCCAUAAACAAGUUGGGGUGGCAAUUUUGGUAUCUCUUGUUCACCCAACCUGGGGUUUGUUUUUUCCAGAGCCAACAAUAGUCACAAGUUCCCUUUCAGUCGGUCACUACGACGUCACGUCAUAACCAACGUAUUGGGAACUUGCUUAGAGGGACCAAUCUGCUUUGAAAAACUUGAAUGAAUGUUGGCAUGAAAUACUUGCAAUAUUUGUAUCUUCUCUCGUGUUCACCGGUGGUGUGCGUCAUUCAAAAAAUUUCAUAUUGCAGUUUCUGGAUGUGGCAAGUACAUGGGUCCUGCGGAUGGUCACGAUCGCUGCCCCUCGUGUUUGGGCAUUCUGCACGCUGAGGCGGCAUUCGAUGAGGAGUCAUGUUCCCACUGCGGGAACAAACCCUCUGGGCCUCAGAGCGCGGCCAGUAGAGAUGCCGGAGGAAAGGGCUGGCCCGCCUACUGCGGGACCACCGUUAUCCUUCAGGUCUCCCAAUGAUGAUCGCAUGUCUGUUGCUGCAUUGGAGGGGGGAUCAUUCCUUCGGGCCAGGUGGCGCAGCCCAUAGCCAACUCAGAGAUGACGGCUAGGCUCCCUCGGGGGACAGGCGGCUUGGAAUUGACUCAACCGGCCCCACCCGAACCGGCCUGGCUCGACGAUUGUUUUCUGGGGCCUGCUUGUGUUGCACCACAGCACCCACUUCCAGUGUCAUUCUUCCCCGAGGUGCAUGAAGAGCUGACAAGAGCCCUUUUCACACAGACAUUCCAGAAAAUACACGGAAAAUGCAUCCUGGAUUUUUCCGGGAUCGUUUGAUUUUUUUGUUCAUUCACACUGCCAUGAUUUGCCGGCAUCUGCAAGGUCCCGGAAAGACACGUGGCCUGUUUAAAGUCCUGCACUAUCUUCUACGCAGCGUCUGAAGUUUGCAUAUUAUAUAUUAUUAUGAUAAGACUAUAAAGAAGCAUGUGACGCGCCAUUCUAUGCUGUUGAAUGAUUUCAGCUUCAGAGUGGAUAUUUGACGAGCUCCCUGAUCUCUGCUUAAAUCCAGUUUUCAGACAUUUCUCAUUGUGAUUGUUAAUAUGCAUUUAAAACCCUCGUUUUGAGGAGCUGAACGAUAUAUCUUGUUGGGAUGACGCGUGGGCAUUUUGUUUAUUAUAAGCUCAAAUGAGCAUGUGAUGCGAUAUUCUUUUAUGCUGCUGAAAGUGAGUAUGCUGACAUUUCUCGUCGUGAAUGUUGUGAAUCCCUCAUUUUAAAGAGUUGAACCAACUUCAUUUAUGCAUCUCAUUGAUCAUUUCCUGAUAACUGCUUCAAUCUAGUUUGCGACAAUUCUCGUCGUGAAUGUUGAUAUGCAUGGAAACCUCACUAUGACACGCCCAUUACAGCAUUGUUUUGCUUCUUGUUCACACAGAGGGUUUUCCGUGUAUCUUACUUGGUCCUCUUUCCGGCAACGCUCCCAGAAGAUUUAUGGGACGUGUUUGCGUUCAAACAGAAGCUUUUCUGGCAAUUUUACGGGUAUUUUCUGGAACCAAAGGUCUGUCGUGGGGGCCCCUUUCUCUUCCCACAACCGAUCUUAUCAGCCUUCACCCCUCACCUUCCUUAAUGGCAGGGCCCCUAAGGGCUACACUGCUGUCCAGACAGUGAAGCGGCCAGUCAUGAUGCAAUUGUGUCUGGCCACUGCUUCCUCUUGGAAGGACAAGCCAGCCCUUCCCUCGCGAGCCUGUAAGCAGUCGUUCACUCUAACAGUGUCUGCAUACUGGGCUUGUGGUGAGGAGGCCUCCGCACUCCACGCUAUGGCAUUACUGCAGAUACAUCAGGCCAAGGCACUGAUAAACCUGCACGAGGGAGGUCACGACCAGGCUGUCUUUUCAGACCUCCAUGCGGCCACUGACCUGGCGCUUCGUGCGACCAAGAUCACCGCACAGGCCGUUUGUCUUGCGAUGUCCACCCUGGGGUUCCUGGAAAGCCAUCUCUGGCUGUGCCAGGCAGACAUGAGAGAGGCGGAUAAAAAACACCUCAAUAAUCUGAUUUCCCAGGCCAGCCUUUUCGGCGACGUGGUUAAGAGCUUUACCCAACAGUUCUCAGCCACUCAGAAACAGACUGAGGCCAUCUCACAUAUCCUGCCGCAUUGGAAGCCAGCUGCCCCUUCCAAACCAUCUACGUCGGCACCUCAGCCUCAUUCUUGCAGGGGGUGUCCUGCUGUGGCCUCCUCAAUUCCUCCACCUCGUACUCUAUCCAGGCAGUGUUGAGGAACCAGUCGUUAGCAGGUCACCCUGCCUGCUCAGUCCGCCGCCCAUGGAGGUAAAUGAAAAAAGCGGCCCUGAGAUGGGCAACCUGGAGAUAGCCGGGACUGCUCUUCGGGAGAUGGUGGCCGCACCACUCCCUCCCUUGGAGGGGGGCAGAGUAGAGAUUCCUUUGCUUUUCAUACCGCACCCACAUGUCUACAAAAAGAGCAGUUUUCCCUUCCAUCUCCAAGUCUUCAGAGGACUUUGGGUGCUACGGGCGGCCAACAACUGACCCGUCAUUUCUCUCCUCUGUUGCCAGCGGCCCUGCGUUGGUGUCCAAGGGGCCUACACCGCCAUCCUCCUGACCCAGCUGCCCAUCUGCAGAGUCCGUAUGCGUUUCUUCCAGUGAGCCUGCUUGCACAAAUACUGUGCAAAGUCAGGGAGGAGGAGGAGCAGGUCCUGUUAGUGGUUCCGUAUUGGCCUACCAGGACAUGGUUUCCGGAACUCAUGCUCCUUGCGACAGCCCCCCAGCAGAUUCCCUUGAGGAAGGACCUUCUUUCUCAGGGAGGUGGCACAAUAUGGCACCCAUGUCCCGACCUAUGGAAUCAUCACGUAUGAACCCUGGAUGGGAUGCGGAGUUUCUAAGUGGUUUACCCCAAGGUUAACACCAUUGCUUCAGCCCAAGCACCAUCCACGACACUUACUUACGCGCUGAAAUGGAACCUGUUCGUCAAGUGGUGUUCCUCCCUUCAAGAGGACCCCCGGAGAUGCCAGAUCAGCGUUGCGCUUUCUUUCCUUCAGCAGUGGUUGGAGAGGAGGCUGUCCCCCUCCACCAUCAAAGUAUACAUUGCGGCUACCUCCGUUCAGCAUGACCCAAUAGAUGGCAGGUCAGUCAACCAGCUCGAGCUGGUUAUUAGGUUCCUAAGGGGAGUGAGGAGAUUAAAUCCAGUAUAUAAAUCUAGUCCUCCCUCUAUACCCGCAUAGGACCUGUCCAUGGUGCUGAAAUGUCUCCAGGGCGCUCCCUUCAAGCCUUUGCAGUCAGUGAGUAUCAAAGUUCUCUCAAUGAAAACUUUGAUGCUGACUGCACUAGCCACUGUAAAAAGGGUAAGGGACUUACACACUUUUUUGGUCGAUGAUUCGUGUCUAGAUUUCAGGCCCGCUGACUCCAGCGUAACACUCCACAAGGAGCACUCCACAAGGAGCAUAGCAUACAGGGGGAUCCCAUAUGUAUGAAUGAAUGAAUGAAUGAAUUAAUGAAUGAAUGAAUGAAUGAAUAACUUUUAUUUCGAACAUGUAAUAAAAAAGUAAAACAAAACAAAACAUCUACCAUCUACAAAACAAAACUUCUACCUCGUCUUCUACCUUCUACAGGCAGGUCUUCUACCUCUGUCUACUACCUUCUGUUUCUCCAUCUGCCUCAGCUGCUCUUCCCUGUAUUGUGGCUCAUAAAGAUAGACAAGAACAUCCAAUUCAAGCAUCACGCUUUCAAAAUCACCCUCUUCCAUAUCAUAUUGAUAAACUUCCACCAUUGUUGGAAAACAUCAAGCCUGGCUCCACAGCAUCUUUUAGCCUUAGACUCCAAAAAGAUUGCAGCUGUAUCAUUUAUUUUUGUGUAUUUUCCUAAGUCCCACCCACUAAUCUGUAAUAGGUCUGUAGCGUGUGUGGGUCCAUACCUAGCCCCCCCCCCCCCCCCCUGGAAAAAUGAGGACAGAGUGUUUGUAGUCUUACACCCUCGACAAAGAUAUAGCAAUUCCUUCUUUCAAUGAUGCAAAAUGACGAUUUUUACAUCAUUGAAAGAAAGAAGUGCAACACUGAAAUCUGUAUUUCUCCCAUCUUAGGGGAAACUGAAAGUGAUGCAUGACCAUUCAAAAACAUGACUGGGUUUCUAAAGAUACAAAGCUUAAUGCAAAUGGGUGAAGUGUCUUUUUAAAGUUGUAAUAGUUGUUAUCUGAGGCAAUAAAAUAAUUAAAGUCAUUUUGCUGUAUUAUAUUUAUUGUGUGACACAUUUCCAUUGGGAGAACAGGGUUAUGUUGAAAUUAAAAAGAUCCCUAGAACAUGAUGUUUAAUAAUGUGGACAUUAACAAUCAUGUUAUCCAGUGUGUCUUUCGGAAUUUUGAAAUAAGCCAAACAUUCUAUUAAGGUUCUGAGUAGUGAAAUGAUCACAGAUCCAUUGAUUUUGGUUAGAUUUUUAUAAUUUUUUCUGUGCAAUGAGUAUACUGUUUGAUGACAAGAAUUGCAUAUUGACUGAUGUCAUAACUUGAGGGAAUAGUUGAUUGCCAAUGAAGUAAAGAUGAAAAAACUUUUUUGCAUUAAAUUGAUGCAAAAUUAUGCAUGUGUUUUAAGAGGUCUUUUUUCGGUGGAUGUUGUCAGCGCAUGUGUUCUGUGUAUCUGGAAUGCAUUUAUUGACAGCUUACCCAACCCACUGAGAAUGGCCACACAUUUUUUUCGCGAUAUUUCCGGCAGAGCAGACCCUCCAAUUAUUGGUUCUUGGGGUCAAAGUUAACAGAAAAAACACACAUAAAAAGUAUGGCAGACCAUGUCAGGUUCAACCCAUUUUAUUGAGCUUUUGAGACUUUGGCUCCCCCACUAUAAGGUAUCAUGUCAAACUUGUGAAAGUACCUUCAGUCUACAAUGGUGAGGAGUCAUCAUUUGGAGCAUCACAAAAUCUAAUUUCUUUUACAGGACCCAGUGUCAUUGGUGCACUGGACUGCAUACACAGCAUUAAUGUUCAGGUGAACAUAACUCUUUGAUCUUUUCCAUUGAACACUGGCAAAAUGGCCUGGCUCAGUCCAUGACUCCUGAAUCUUUCGGACCUCUGAAAUCUAUCAGCGCCUAUCACAAGGUGAAUUCUCUGGUAUGUUGGUGGGGGGUAUGGCUGCCAGCCUUUUUUCCUGACACCUUUCACAGACCUCCAGGAAGCACAGCAGGCCUACAACUAUGCCCAUGCCAGGACCAGGGCCAUAGUUGAAAUGACCUUUGGCCUCCUGAAGGCACGCUCUCACUGCCUUCACAAAUUAAGGGUCAGCCCUGUGAGGGCAUGUGACAUUACUGUGGCUUGUGGUGUCCUCCACAAUGUGGCCUGCCUGAGGAAGGAGAGGGCACCCAGAGUGCCGCCAGCCAUGGACUGGGACAAUCCGGAAAUCUUCCCUGAUGACAACAGUGGUCGGCUGCUGAGGGACCAAUAUGUGUUGAAUUAUUUUAGUAAGUAUGUGUGCUUUCAAUUUUUUUAUUAUUAUUAUUGAUUUGGCCUCUUUUUAUGUUUGUCCUGUAUACUGUGUGUAUACUGUUAUUAAUGCAAGCUUGCAGGGAGGCUACUGCAUCCAUUAAUUGUCUUGUUUUCAGUUGUCUGAAAUGGUCUGUUCAGUUAAUGUGUAUGGAUUUGUCCUGCAUUUAUUUCAGUGCGCAGACAUGCAGGGUGUGUUAUAUACAGACCUUUGAAUGUGUAUUUAUCCUUUGGUUAUAUAAUAUGCUUUGAUUCUGUGCUUUCCAUCUUGUAGAGUCACUGUGUGACUUCAGUUUCGAAAGGAGCUGAUGGUUUACCUGCUUUGUUUUGUCCUUAUACAAU